UUCGAUUUCAGUGCGAAACUUGACGCGUGCUUUGAUUUAAUUAAUCUUUCAAUUCUUAUUGCCUUUUUCGCUGCCAAUUGCAAAAUGUGCGACCGCAACCGCAAUCGUAAAUCGGACCGCAAUCGCAGCCGCGCCCGCAAUCAAGAGACUUUUCCGGGCAGCAACGCAUGCAAGGCCAUCAUCAGAAAGCUAUUCUCAAGCCAAUACAAGCGACUGGCCUGGAUAUUCUACGAGCCGAUAGAUGCACCAUUUUUGGGACUGCACGACUACUACAAUAUUGUCGAGAGGCCCAUUGAUCUGCGGUUCAUCAAGAAUCGUCUCUACAACGGACUGUAUUGGGAUGCCGCUGAGUUCGAGCGGGACAUGCAACUGUUGUUCCACAACACGUAUCUGUACACGACUCCGGGCCAUUUGUGCUACGAAAUGGCCAAGAAACUGCAGGUCAUCUUUGAGGCAAUGUUUGUCGAGAUUACUGCCCCGGUGACGCCUGCUAAGAGCGACACCACAAUCGAGACCACUCCACAGAGUACCAUGAGUCCAAUCUUUGAGAGCGAGGAGGACACAUCGAAGCCUGGCACACCGAAUACGCCGCACAAGGAUGGAGAUGGAGAGUUAUUACAGUGGCAGCAUGCGGAAGCCGAGCGUCCGUGGACUGCCAAAGAGGAUGACGAUCGUCCAUGGACUACCAAAGACAAUAAUAUGCUGGCGGCCAGGCUGCAGACGCUCAAGGGUGAAGUCCUCCACAGAGUUAUGCACAUAAUCAAACAGAUGGAGGAUCUGCGGAUCGUCAGGCGUAAGCUGAAGUUCGAUACGGCCACCCUGAAGAGCCACACAAAAUACACCAUUGUUAGGUACUUGGCCAGCAAGGGUGUUCAUUUCCGCCGUCGCGCCCGUUCCACAUUUAACAAAUCGACAUACAAUAAUUGUAAAUGAAGCCCGAGCCGCGGGCGAAUAAAGAUUUAAUUGUUUUUU